GAAGUGGCGUUGUUCAUUGUUGCUAGCUCGACAUUUCUGUUCAACAUGUCUUCUCUGCAGACUCUGCUCUGUCAUUAGAAGCGUCUGGAUUUUUCGUUAAACUACUGCGUUUGGUUAGCAGCAAGCUAGCGGGCCGUUGUUAGCCAGGACCCCGAAAAGCAGCAUCAUCAUCAAUGGUGUGUUUACAUCCCGGAGCCGUCACAUCUUGCUGUGUCCGCUCAAUGACCCAUCUCCUCAGCUCUCAUCACAGCUGCACAUGUAUGGCUUUUGCGAGGCUCGGAGGGGAGUUCUGCCAAGCCCAGCACCUGCUGCUUAUUGUGGACAAGUGAACAGGGGGCCAGCUAGGCGCGAACACUGCCAUUGACGUGCACAGGUCCUUACUGCCAUCCUGUUGAACCCAUAUGAAGACAAGCCAACCUUCCGCCUGUCGCCUGUCCUGGGGAGUCGGAGGAGCUUUGGCUUCAUCCCAGGAGUUUCUUCACAGCUCGUCUCCUUUCCUGAGCUUCCUUUCCUCUUCAACUCAGAUCCCUAGACGUGCCCUCUGAAUGGGAUAGGAGAUUUGAAAGAAAGGAAGGACAGAUCUUUUUUUUCUGUCUUCAUUUUCUUUCUGGACUAUCGGUGUCUUUAAUCCCACCUUUUAGACGAUUUAAGGCAAAUAAUAUUUACAGAUCUUGCCCAUAAAUCAUUUGUUUUUUGUAGUUUUGCAUUUUUUUGUCCGAAUCCAUUUUUUGUUGUAGUGAAAACAUUUUUUUUGCUUUUUUAAUUUUAAACGUCUGGACACUCUAGUCUUCUACUCCCUAAUUUGAAGCACAGACAUUUAAAAAAAUAAUACACUUUUGAGAGUGUAAAAAUGAACCGCCCGGCCCCCGUGGAGAUCUCUUACGACUGCCUGAGAUUCCUAAUAACUCACAACCCCACUAACGCACAACUGGGAAGGUUCAUAGAGGAUCUGAAGAAUUAUGGAGUUAACACCCUGGUGAGAGUUUGUGCUGCUACAUACGACAAGACACCGGUGGAACAAGAAGGUAUUCAUGUCCUGGAUUGGCCAUUUGAUGACGGUUCCGCCCCCCCGGACCAGUUGGUUGAUGAUUGGCUGAACCUGCUUCAGACAAAGUUCAGGGACGAGCCUGGCAGCUGUGUGGCUGUGCACUGUGUGGCUGGACUCGGACGAGCUCCUGUGUUGGUGGCCCUGGCUCUAAUCGAGUGUGGGAUGGAAUAUGAAGACGCCGUGCACUUCAUCCGACUGAAGCGGCGCGGAGCGUUCAACUCCAAACAGCUGCUGUAUCUGGAAAGCUACAAACCCAAACUGUGUCUGCGCUUCAAAGACGCCAAUGGACAGAGCUGCUCCAUACAGUAGGAGUCUACUAACCCACUCCUCACUUCACUGCUGCUUCACUGGAGACUUUCACCUCUUAAUGUUAAACGGAAAAGUGACAGGUUAGGGUAGCACAAGAGAAAAGGGGAACACUGUUGUUUACUCUUAGCGAAAUGUAUUAUUGACACAACAUUUCACUCCUCGAUUAGUUACAGACUCAUUUAGGCUUUUGAAAUCUAUAAAAAGAACUUCAUGUGUUUUCCCAAAUGUAAAGCACCUCCAUGUCAAAUUUCUGAAAAAUCUUUGACGUAACAAAUUGACCUCAAUAGAGAAGGUUUUUAUUUCUACUUUUUGUUCUGUGAACCUUAAUAUGUAGCAAAUAUAUACAAAUAUUUAGCUCAUUAAAAAGAAACUCCAAAGUCAAGCAAAAUGUAUUUAAACUGUGAAAUCAAGCUUAAGGGACUGUAAAAGUCAAAUAAAUAUUCCAAAGUUUAUUCUCACAUUUCUGUUGAUUUUUGAUUUAGAUUGAAACCUGGGAUCAAACGUUAUAGAAAUGUCUGUAUCAUUAGUCGAAAUGUUUUUGUGAUGUUAAACUGAUAUGCAGCUUGCUAUUUUUUCUAAGCUCCAACACAACAAAUAAAGAAUGAGUAGCUGGUUUAUUGCCCAUCAAUGUUUUUUUUAAUUCCAAUAUUUACUCACUGACCAAAUCGAUUCUCAGCAGCAGAUGAUAAAGAACUCUAAAGUAUGAAAGCCUACAACAUUAAAUACACAUGCUAAAAGAAGAUCAGAAUAUUAAAAGAUGUGGCAUAUGCUGUAUUAAUCAACAAUGCAAAGUUCCCAUGUACUGUUAAAAGUCCUAGGUACUUCUUUAGAACAAACUCAUUGGUUGUAAAUAUUUGUCCUUUAUAAUAUUACAAAGGCAGGAACAUGUUAAAAGUUCAGUAGGUGAAUAUAUUCACAAGUGGCACUUCUGGUCCUAUUAGCUGUAAAGGGUGAAAAACAUUUUAAAAUAAUCAAUAUACCAUUAGUUAUUGAGUGGCUAAAGGGAUCUAUUCUGUCACUGCACCGUACACAAUGUUUAUAGACAAACUCUGAUGGAGUGGCAGCAUACAGGAUGCGCUAUGAGUCGCUAACAUGGAUUAUAUUGAGGGAUCUGUGGCUAACAUGUUUAUGAUACUUAUCUGUUUUGUUCAGCAGGAUAAUCUCCACACUUUAAAAGCGUAAAUGUAAUCGCCAGAAGUAAAAAGCUAACGUUGGGUUAUGACCAAACUACAUCUCGGCCACAUGAUUGAAAGUCACCGCUAAGCUUAAUGCAGCUAAUGUUCUGCGAGAUGGCGUUUAGUCUAAAUUAUCCACUUGUUAGGAACUGUUGUUUUUAUGAUGCAUAGGAGCUUCAGUCAUGUUAACGGCAGACCUUAUUUUAGGCCUCUAAACCAAAACACGGCAGCUUUAGACUCAUUCCUGCACCACUCUAUUUAAAGAAAUAAGCCAGCAUUUAACAAAGUAAGACUGAGGUUUUGGUAAAACAACAAAUAUAUUUUUAUUUUGGUGCCCUGGGUUUUAAAGCUCACCAGUUAAAUGUACUAAUAGGACAAUCUCUUGAUCACAUUCUGAAUUCCUUUUUCAACCACUAUAGAAGCAAACUGUGGAGCCAACAUGGCCGCUCCGCUCUGUAGCUUCGUAGCUGUCUGCUAGGCUGCUGUGUCUGUAAGCUGCUGUUGGGUCUUUGUGAUUUUUUUUCUGUACCCUUUACUUAUUUGUACUUGUUAUUUAUUGAUUGAUUUUACAGUGUUUUUUUGUGAAAUGUCUGUCUGCUAGAAAAGAUCUAGUAGCUUGUUGGAAAAUAAAGUGUUUAGUAAUGUAA